AUGCGGAGCCUGAAUGGAUUUGAAGGCUUGAUCUUUAAUUUCAUAUUGGGUCCGACAUCUUUGAAGUACCAAUUAGCAGAAGUUGCCACUCUGUGGGCUAAUUGUCAGAUGGUGGGACAGCGCUAUCCCUUUGCCGCUUACCUGCGGACCUUACCCUCUAUUUUUUCUGUCGGAAAGAAAUUCCCCGUACGGGCCACCAUUUGCCGCGAACCAAGACUCCGACCAGCAGAGCCGAGGAAAGGACAACACGAUCGCCAAGGAAACUCCUCUCCCACAGAUAGCAGGUUUGUGAAUAGCUGUAUCCAGGCCAGGAAGAAAUGCCAAACUGACCCCACUUGCAAGGCUGCUUACCACCACUUGGGUUCCUGCACCUCCAGUCUAAUCACCCCACGGCCAUUAGAGGAGUCUUCCCUGUCUGCAGACUGCCUCGAGGCAGAACAACAAAUCAGAAACAGCUCUCUGAUAGGCUGUACGUGCCACUGGCGCAUGAGGAACCAAGCUACCUGCCUGAGCAUCUAUUGGACUGUUCACUCUGCCCACCGCCUUGGUGACUAUGAGUUGGAUGUUUCCCCCUAUGAAGACACAGUGACCAGCAAACCAUGGAAGAUGAAUCUCAGCAAGUUGAGCAUGCUCAAGCCAGACUCGGACCUUUGCCUCAAGUUUGCUACGCUAUGUACUCUUAACAACAAGUGUUAUCGGCUGCGCAAGGCCUAUGGGGAGGCAUGCUCUAGCAUCCACUGCCAGCGCCAGGUCUGCCUAGCACAGCUGCGCUCCUUCUUUGAGAAGGCAGCAGAGUCCUAUGCUCAGGGAUUGCUGCUGUGCCCCUGUGCACCCUACGACGUGGGCUGCGGGGAGCGCCGGCGCAACACCAUUGCCCCCAGCUGCGCGCUGCCUUCUGUGGCCCCCAACUGCCUGGAUCUGCGGACUGGCUGCCUCGCGGACCCUCUGUGCAGAUCACGUCUGAUGGAUUUCCAGACCCACUGUCAUCCUAUGGAUAUCCUAGGGACUUGUGCCACAGAGCAGUCCAGAUGCCUGCGGGCUUACCUGGGGCUGAUUGGGACUGCGAUGACCCCUAACUUUAUCAGCAAGGUCAAUGCUAGUGUUUCCUUAAGCUGCACCUGCAGAGGCAGUGGCAACCAGCAGGAGGAAUGUGAACAGCUAGAAAGGUCCUUCUCCCAGAAUUCCUGCCUCAUGGAAGCCAUUGCAGCUAAGAUGCAUUUCCACAGCCAACUCUUCUCCCAGGACCGGGCACACCCUACCUUUACUAUGAUACAACAACAGAAUCAAAACUCUGCUCUGAGGCCACAGCCCGAGGUCCUCUUUCUUUCUUCCUGCCUACUUACCUUGAUUCUGCUUCAGACCCUCUGGUAGCUGGACUUCCCCAGGGUCCUUCCUCUCCACCACCCCCAGACUCUUUUGCUGGGUGAGAAAAUGACAGUCUCUGGAAAGAGAUCUGGUAUGCUACAUGGUGACCUGGAACCACUCAGACAUCCUUCCUGAUACACAUUGUGUCUGCUCCAGAUGAGGUCUUACCAGAAACUAGAGGCUAUGACUUUCAGAUUCUGAGGUCAUUGGCUAGUUCCUAAACUUUCUUUACCCCAGCUUCUGACUCUGGCUACUCUUCCUUGGGACUUGGUGACCACCAUUUGUCCAUAUUUUCUGGUUGUGGCCAGCUUUUUCCUGAUUCCUUCUUCCUGUUCACCAGGACCACCCUGAGUCUAACAAAUCAGUCACUCCCUAUUGCAUUCUCCAGGUAGGCAGGGCUGAGAGUUCUGAGGCAGCCUAGAAAGACAUUCCCCUUGUAAGAAAGGCUGGAGCUCCUACCCCUCAUCCCCUCCUCUGAAUGGAAGAUGAGAACUUGUGGCCUGUACUGCUCUACCCUGUGAUCCUGAACAUUUGGGCAUCAAGAGUGGAAGCCUUUGUGUCUUGCUUAACUCUUACUACUAUCCCCAAGUCCCCCU